GGCGUCGCCAAGUUCGGCCCGCUUCCGCCGCACGCCGGAAGUGGCUCUCCGCCCCUGCCACUGGACCAUGGAGACUCUGGCACAGUAGAUUGUGGUGUGAGGCUUGCGGGGGCAGUGGCCAUGGAGGCCGUACUGAACGAGCUGGUGUCUGUGGAGGACCUGCUGAAGUUUGAAAGGAAAUUUCAGUCUGAAAAGGCAGCUGGCUCGGUGUCCAAAAGCACGCAGUUUGAGUACGCCUGGUGCCUGGUGCGGAGCAAGUACAAUGAUGACAUCCUUAAAGGCAUCGCGCUGCUCGAGGAGCUGCUGCCCAAAGGAAGCAAAGAAGAACAGCGGGAUUACGUCUUCUACCUGGCUGUGGGGAACUACCGGCUCAAGGAGUAUGAGAAGGCUUUAAAGUACGUCCGAGGGCUGCUGCAGACAGAGCCCGAGAACAACCAGGCCAAGGAACUGGAGCGGCUCAUUGACAAGGCCAUGAAGAAAGAUGGACUGGUGGGCAUGGCCAUCGUGGGCGGCAUGGCCCUGGGCGUGGCGGGCCUGGCUGGACUCAUUGGACUAGCUGUGUCCAAGUCCAAAUCCUGAAGGACGCGUGGGAGCCCGCGGAGGACGCUCGCUCCAGGAGGGCCCGUCUGUCCUUGCUGUCCCUUCCCUGUCCUCCCCCUGCACCCCUGUCUGUCCUCUGUGGCCCUGAACUAACCGCUGCUCCCCUAAGACCCCUCGUCCUUCAGCCCCAAAUCACGCGCUUUGGGAUGAGUGUAAAUAAAACGGGGCUGUGGCUUGGGAA